AUGGGGCAAGGGAAAUUCCCAACCCCGAAAAAGGGGGGCCUUGGCCACUUUUUGGGGGGCCAACCAGCCCCCAAAACUGUGCUGGGCCCAGCCCGGCCUUUCAGCUCCCGGCCUGCCAGCCUUUCAGCUCCCGGCCUGCCAGCCUUUCAGCUCCCGGCCUGCCAGCCUUUCAGCUCCCGGCCUGCCAGCCUUUCAGCUCCCGGCCUGCCAGCCUUUCAGCUCCCGGCCUGCCAACCUUUCAGCUCCCGGCCUGCCAGCCUUUCAGCUCCCGGCCUGCCAGCCUUUCAGCUCCCGGCCAGCCAGCCUUUCAGCUCCCGGCCAGCCAGCCUUUCAGCUCCCGGCCUGCCAGCCUUUCAGCUCCCGGCCUGCCAACCUUUCAGCUCCCGGCCAGCCAGCCUUUCAGCUCCCGGCCUGCCAGCCUUUCAGCUCCCGGCCUGCCAGCCUUUCAGCUCCCGGCCUGCCAGCCUUUCAGCUCCCGGCCUGCUAGCCUUUCAGCUCCCGGCCUGCCAGCCUUUCAGCUCCCGGCCUGCCAGCCUUCCUCCGAGCCUUUCGGUCUCAAAGUUUGCUGGACUUUCAGACUAA